AUGAGCUACCGUGGUAUGAACCCUAACGCUGAGAUCGUGAGCAAGUCGCAGGCGCUCAUGGUCAACGUAAGCGCCGCCAAGGGUCUGCAGGGCGUGCUCAAAUCCAAUCUGGGACCUCGAGGCACGCUCAAGAUGCUCGUGGGUGGCGCCGGCCAGAUCAAACUGACGAAAGACGGCAACGUGCUGCUGCACGAGAUGCAGAUCCAGCACCCGACGGCGGCGCUCAUUGCUCGAGCGGCUACUGCACAGGACGAUGUGACGGGUGAUGGUACGACGUCUACGGUGCUCUUCAUCGGGGAGCUGCUGAAGCAGGCGGAGCGCUUCUUGGCGGACGGUCUGCACCCGCGUGUCCUGUCCGAGGGCUUUGAGCUUGCCAAGGACGAAGCGCUACGGGUUCUAGAAAGCCUCAAGGUCACGUCCGAGGACAUCCUCAAGGACCGGGAGCUGCUCUGCAGUGUCGCACGCACGUCGCUGCGCACCAAGCUGGACCAAAAACUUGCAGACCAACUGACUGAGAUCAUUACGGACGCUGUGCUGACGAUAGCUGUGCCCGAUCGAUCAGUUGAUCUACAUAUGAUUGAGAUCAUGCACAUGAUGCAUCAAAGCAGUAGCGACAGCCGUCUUGUGAAGGGUCUAGUGCUUGACCAUGGAUCGCGCCACCCCGACAUGCCCACGUCACUGGAGAACUGCUACGUCAUGACGUGCAACGUUUCCUUGGAGUACGAGAAGAGCGAGGUGAACUCGGGCUUUUUUUACAACAGCGCUGACCAGCGUGAAAAGAUGGUAGAGGCAGAGCGCAAGUUUACGGACGACAAGGUGCGACAAAUUAUUGAGCUAAAGCGCGAGGUAUGCACGGAAGAGAACAAGAAGAACUUUGUCAUCAUUAAUCAGAAGGGCAUUGACCCUCUGUCGCUGGACAUGCUGGCAAAGGAAGGCAUCUUGGCUCUGCGCCGUGCUAAGCGUCGGAACAUGGAGCGGAUAACGCUUGCUUGCGGAGGUAUGCCGAUCAACUCGACGGAUGAUAUGGACGAGUCCAUGCUGGGUUAUGCUGGCAAAGUGUACGAGCAAACCCUUGGCGAAGAGCGCUACACUUUUGUGGAGGACGUCCAGCACCCAAAGUCGUGCACUAUUUUGAUCAAGGGCCCGAAUGAGCAUACGAUUGCACAGAUCAAGGACGCUAUUCGCGACGGCGUUCGUGCUGUAAACAAUGCCAUUGAAGAUAGGGGUGUCGUGCCAGGAGCUGCUGCCUUUGAGCUGUGUGCCCACGAGACGCUUGACAAGUUCAAGGGCACGGUGAAGGGCCGUGCCAAGCUUGGCGUACAGGCUUUUUCUGACGCCCUGCUCGUGAUUCCAAAGGUGCUGGCUGAAAACUCGGGUCUAGAUGUGCAGGACACUCUGAUCGCCGUCCAGGAGGAGCACCAGAACUCGGGCAUGCCGGUUGGCAUCGACCUCUUUUCGGGCGAACCCAUGUUGCCUGAGCAGGAAGGUAUUUGGGACAAUUAUCGGGUGAAGCGACAGUUUGUCCACCUUGCCACGACAUUGGCUUCGCAGCUGUUGCUUGUCGAUGAGGUCAUGCGUGCCGGUAAGCAGAUGGGCGGCGGUGGUGCGCAGCCUGAGCAGUAA